AUGUUGAGACUACCGAUCGUGCGGGCCACAGGCCUGGCAGGUGGAAGGCAUUGCUCUGUCAGUUUCCAUACGACGUCCAAUAAGUCGCAACAAGAGCUGAUCGAGCUUUUCAUCGACGACAAGCCUGUGCAAGUACCACCGGGAACAACAGUCCUGCAGGCUGCUGCCAAGGUGGGUGUUGAAAUACCAAGAUUCUGUUAUCAUGAACGUCUUGCUGUAGCUGGAAAUUGCAGGAUGUGUCUUGUUGAAAUAGAGAAGCAAGUUAAGCCAAUUGCUGCGUGCGCUAUGCCAGUAAUGAAAGGCUGGAGAGUGAAAACCAACUCUGACCUCACACGGAAAGCUCGUGAGGGUGUUAUGGAAUUCCUGUUGGUUAAUCAUCCACUGGACUGUCCAAUCUGUGACCAGGGCGGCGAGUGUGAUUUACAAGAUCAAAGUAUGGCUUUUGGAACUGACAGAAGUAGGUUCGUCGAUAUUAAUUUCUCUGGGAAAAGAGCAGUAGAGGAUAAAGACAUGGGGCCGUUAAUCAAGACAGUUAUGACACGUUGCAUACAUUGUACAAGGUGUAUCCGAUUUGCUUCGGAAGUAGCUGGUAUUGACGAUUUAGGAACUACAGGUCGUGGCAAUGAUAUGCAGGUGGGAACAUAUGUUGAGAAAAUGUUCUUAUCAGAAUUGUCUGGCAAUAUCAUCGAUCUCUGUCCAGUGGGUGCACUAACUAGUAAGCCGUAUGCGUUUGUUGCUCGUCCCUGGGAGACACGUCGUACUGACAGUAUUGACAUUCAUGAUGCUGUUGGUAGCAAUAUAGUUAUCUCUCACAGAACCGGAGAGGUCCUAAGAAUAUUACCAAGAGUAAAUGAGGAAGUAAACGAGGAAUGGCUCUCAGACAAAGCUCGUUUCUCGUAUGAUGGACUCAAAAGGCAAAGACUAAUUACUCCAAUGAUGAAGAUCAACGGAAAAUUGGAAGCUGUGGAUUGGGAAGAUGCACUUAUUGCUGCUGCUAGACCUCUAGCGAAUAUAUCAGCGGACAAAUGCGCCGCGAUUGCUGGGAAAUUGGUAGAUGCGGAAGCCCUUAUUGCUAUGAAAGAUUUAGUGAACAAAUUGGGCAGUGAGGGACUAGCUACAGAACAGUGCUUCCCGAAAGACGGUUCGGGUAUCGAUCUCAGAAGUAGCUAUCUUUUGAACAACACUAUUGCCGCAGUUGAAGACGCAGAUGUUGUAGUACUAAUCGGUACAAAUCCAAGAUAUGAAGCACCACUAAUAAACACACGUCUCAGGAAGGGCUAUCUGCAUGGUGAACAAACAAUUGCCCUCAUUGGCCCGGAUGUAGACCUGACAUAUGAACAUGAGCAUUUAGGAGAGUCUUUUGAUAUAAUAACAAAAUUACGAAACGGCUCGCAUCCGUUCCGUGCGACUCUGAAAGAGGCUAAAAAACCACUCGUUAUCUUGGGCGCCGACCAGCUAACUCGACAGGAUGGAGCUAAAAUUCUUUAUGAAACGCAAGCAUUAGCGAAGGCUUUAGGAGAUGACUCAAAAGCUCCCCAGGAUUGGAAGAUUUUGAACAUACUGCAUACAAACGCAUCUCAAGUCGCCGCCUUAGAUAUCGGCUAUGGUUCGACUGUAGAAGAAAUUAAGGAACAACAACCAAAAGUUCUGUUUCUUUUGGGCGCUGAUGACGCAAAUAUUAAGAAGGAAGAUUUUCCAAACACAUUUAUCAUUUAUAUAGGAAGUCAUGGUGAUGCUGGAGCAGCCAUUGCGGAUGUUGUACUGGCUGGAGCAGCUUACACUGAAAAAGUCGCAAGUUACGUUAAUACAGAAGGUCGCUCCCAACAAACGUGCGCAGCAAUUACGCCGCCUGGCUUAGCACGACCAGAUUGGAAAAUUAUUCGCGCUCUUUCCGAACUGACUGGAGUUACUUUGCCCUAUGAUAAUUUGAACGACGUAAGAUCCAGGCUUGAAGAGGUUGCGCCUCAUCUGGUCAGAUAUGGCAAUGUUGAGCCAGCUAAUUUCUUUAAGCAAGCUUUAGAAAUAGCUAAGCAUCAGUCUGGAGGAUCAUUUUUAUCAGACCCUGUGGACAUCAAACAUAAAACGUUGGAUCAGUUCUUCAUGACUGACGUAGUAUCACGAGCGUCUUUGACUAUGGCAAAGUGCGUUCAAGCAGUCAUGAAACAACGACAAAGUGCAGUAUAAACCUAUAUCUGAUAUUACAUUGGAUAAAAUUCUCAUCUGCUAGUUAUUUGAUAUUAUUGGCUAGAUAUUACAACAUCCCGCAGCCAAUGACAAAAGAAUUACAAUACAUUAAAAAAGCAUCAAGAUGUAUUUAUAGAGCUCUAUAUUAUACUGUAUAUUAAAUUAUUGAAAA